CUCUGAACAAAAGCAAUUUGUACACAAAAAGUAGGAACAGAAUUAAUUCUUCCAGCCAAUCAAAAUAUUAUUAACCAAGAUUCAAAUCCACACAACGAAAUUUGAUUUGAUCCAUUUAUUUUCGUAUUUGCGUGUUGAUUAACUAACAUUAUGGCAGCCCUGGAAAGCGGAAGGGAAACGCUUUGUUGUUUUUUUUACUGCAUUGGUAUUUUUGCAAUUUCACUUACGAUUUCCUUCUCGGCUGCCAUUUGGAACGCUUUCAAGCGCGUAGGAAAAUACUUCAUAAGCAUGAAAACCAGAAGCCAAGCCGUCCACAAACAGCUUCGACCUCCCGAUGAUGCCAAUAAACGUCUGCGCCACUAUCUGAUCAACGGGCCCAAUCGGAGCAACAUCUGUGACAAAGUGGUGGUAGCCAUGGAGGAGGUUAACAUUGUGCCCCUGCUGGUCGGAAGCAGCAUGGGGGACGAGAAGCUGCGCAACAUUCUGCACGUGUUGGCGUUGCGCCUGCGGUGCCUGCGGCUGCAAAUGGCCGAGAUCCCCAAGCUACAUGACGUGUGCCAGCGCAUGGAGGUGCCGGAGCUGACCAGGGUCCGGGCUUGUAUAGUGCUGGCAGGCGUGAAUGGGAGUUCAGUAUCGGGCGGCAGUCAGCUGGAGCUGCUUGGGUCGCUGACGCCCGGCGUGGAGAUGUUGAAGGUGUUCUGCAGAAUCGACGGCCACUUUCCCGUGCUGAAGAAGGUGCGCGUCAUACAGCUGAACUGCACUGUGGCACAGGCCACUCUGGAGGAGCUCUUUUGCAACUGCCCCAUGCUGCGCCAUUUGGAACUGAGGGAUGAGAGCCGUCCGCCAAACACCCUGGACAUGCGGAGCAUCGGUCAGUGCUCGUUCUUGGAGGCACUGAUGCUGCCUCUGCUGCUGAAGAGCCCGCUGGCCAUUUGCCAGCUCGGCAAUCUGAAGAAGCUCUCGCUGCAGAGCAAGGAUCCCUGGCAGGACGAGGACUGGCUGCUCACUGUCCAGCAGAUCAUCCAGGCCAAGCGGUACGAACUGGAGGGCAUUUGCCUGGACGGCACCUACCUUGGCGCUCCGCUGAACCUCUCCGUGCUCCUGCUGGCCCGCUGCACGGCACUCACCGAGGUGCGUCUGAGCCACUGCGAGCUCGUGGAGGACAGCAAUCUGCCGCUGCCACUGCCCUUCAGCUGCCGGCGCCUGAGGAUUCGCUCCUGCACGCUCAACAAGGUCAGCCUGCUCCUGGAGAGCGAUCCCAUGCUGCAGCAGAUUGAGUUCUUCAACUGCAAGUUCGCCCACAUGACGAAUAUCCUCGCGCAGGCCCUCGCCAAGCGGCGCACUCAGCCCAUUCUGGGCCCCCUGCAGAUCAAGCUUCUCCAGUCGCCGAAGAUGCGGCUGGAGUACAACAGCUGGAGUCGAAAAGAGCAGCUGGCAGCCAAGCCUUGGCUGGAGGUUGAAGUGCUCAAGAAAGCUCAUAUUCCGUUCCUGGAGGAUCAGCCUCCGGGAAUGAUAUCCAUGCGAUUCGGCCGUGCCAUAAACAGCCUGCCCACCUUCCUGCAUCAUCAGAAUCUGCCAGAUAACGCGGAUUUACUGAAGGAAAUGAGCUCAUUGGAUCUGGGAUCCAAUCUGCCUAUCCAAGCACCUGAAACCGAUCCAUUGGAUCUUGGAUCCCAUCUAACUAGCCUUCCGCCUGAAACGGACCCCUUGGAUCUUGGAUCAGAUCUGGCUAGCCUUCCGCCUGAAACGGACCCAUUGGAUCUGGGAUCUGAUGCGCCAAGUGAUUAAGAGGCUGCAGCUGAGCCUGAUUAUGAUUAUGAUGAUUAAAUCAUUGAAUCUUGUAACCCUUUUACAACACCCAAAGUCCCACGUACAUUUCUGAACGAGUAAUCUCCUCAAAGCUGACAAAUGUUCCCCCAUUUGAACCGCGUGGCAUCCAGCAUAACCUCAAUCUAUCAAAGCCUAACCUCAAAAGGCUUCUGGCACAUGUGCCCCCUGCUAUAUUUGUUUUAGAAUCUCUGUUUAUUCAGUUGGUUCUUUGGGGAGCUCUGUUUUGUUUUUAUUUUUUAUUGUUUUGUUUUGUUUAUCAGAGGUCGCAUAAAUAACGAAAAGUUGCCAAAAGCAAGGACAGAAGUGAAAUUUAUGUUUGUACCGCUUGUAAUUAAUAAUAAAAGAA